GGCUGUGAGUUCAGAGUCUUACCAGUGAUAAACAGGACUAAUACACAGACACACUCUUCCAUGGCGAUUUCCCUUCCCAAACCCUAACAGAAUUUUGCUCCAAUCUCUCUCUCUCUCUCUCUCUCUCUCUCUCCAUAAUGGACAGCCUUCUGGCCACUUACGGAGACGACGACGACAACGAUUCAUCCAACACCGCCAAAACCCACGACCCCACCGACCCCACCUUCCUCAUCCCCACGACCACCACCUCCUCCACCCCAACCCCCGACACCGAAACCGAACCCACCGCCUUCGACGAUCUCUCCGAACCCCACCUCCGACACUCCCCGAAAUUCACCAAAGUCUCCGAAGAAGACGAAGACGAAGACGAUGAACAACUAGAAGAAGAGGACGACGACGACGACCCUCCCCCGAAGAAACAAAAACCCCUCUCCUCCCUACCUACCGAUCAAGAACAAGCACCGGGUCCGAAAACCAAACGAAUGUCAACAAUACCAAGUACAACGACGGCAAUAGCUAAUAAGAAGUCGAAGAAGAAGGGCAACAACGUGUGGGCCUACUCGACGUCGCGAAAAGGUAAAAAGAAAACCAAAAACAAUAACCACCAAAUUGUCCAAGCAGAGGAGAACAAGACCGUUUUGGUCACCCCCGUCCCUCGGUUUCCUGAUAAGACCGACGAUUCGCCCGAUGUGGAAAUCCGGCUAUCGAAGGUUUACAAGGCGGAGAAAGUCGAGUUGAGCGAGGACAGGUUGAGUGCUGGCAGCACCAAGGGUUACAGGAUGGUUAGAGCCACUAGAGGGGUAGUGGAAGGCGCUUGGUACUUCGAGAUUAGGAUUGUGAGUUUGGGAGCGACAGGGCAUACUAGGCUCGGGUGGUCGAUGGAGAAGGGGGAUUUACAGGCACCGGUUGGGUACGAUGGGAAUAGUUUCGGGUAUAGGGAUGUUGAUGGGAGUAAGAUACAUAAGGCUUUGAGGGAGAAGUAUGGGGAGGAAGGGUACGGGGAAGGGGAUGUGAUUGGAGUUUAUAUUAGUUUGCCUGAAGGGAGUUUGUACGCACCGAAGCCACCCCAUUUGGUUUGGCAUAAAGGGCAGAGGUAUGCUUGUGCGGCAACAGAUGGGAAAGAGGAUUCCCCUAAAUUGGUACCUGGAAGUGAAAUAUCUUUCUUCAAAAAUGGGAUAUGCCAGGGGGUUGCUUUUCAGAAUCUCUAUGGUGGCCGAUACUACCCUGCAGCUUCAAUGUAUACACUUCCCAAUCAACCAAAUUGUGUGGUCAAGUUCAACUUUGGCCCUGAUUUUGACUUUUACCCGGAAGACUUUGGUGAUCGCCCCAUCCCAAGACCCAUAAUUGAAGUUCCUUAUCAUGAAUAUGAUGGGAAAGUUGAGAAUGUUGUGUCAAGUGAGAAGAAACAUUAGCAGAGCAUCAUCUCUUUUGAUAAGUUCGGAACAUAGCAGAAGUCGGGGAUGGAUUCAUGUUUGAUUUCUGUUGUAAUCUUUGGAAUUUAUUUCUGACAAAGGAACAGUCGAGUGUUGUAAGUUGUAACUGCAAUUUUCCUGUGAAUGAGUAGAACGGCUUUAGUGGAUUGGCAUGUCUAGAAUGAUGUUGCAUUAGCUCAACUGAUAAUUUUGUCUUAAGGUUAAUGUAGUAAACCCACUUAUGUAGACGUUUUGAUGUAUUUUCUUGUACUUUAAUCUUGAUGUUUCUUUGAGUCGAUUGGCACUGAUUUUAU